AUGGCAUCGGGCAAUGGUUUAUUGAAGACCUGGUUGGAGGAGGAGGUGAAGGGGCUCACGGCUGUGCAGGAGCCCGCGGAUAAGGCACAGAAAAUCACAGCACAGUUGAAGAGCGAUUUGGAAGCAGCGUGGAACAAAUUGCAAGUGUCCUUGUCGAAGCCGGAGGCCAAUGAAAUAAAUGCACUCUGCCAUAAAGAAAUGGCGUGGACUGUAACUACUGGGAACACUAACGAAGAGAAUUUCGAGAGGGAAUAUAAGAAAGAUUUAUGCACCGGUUUAAUGGGUAUCCGUUAUUUUAUGAGUGGUAUAACAGAAGUAGCGAAUAGGAAAGUGGAGUAUGAGCAGAACAUCUCUGAAGAUCAAUGGUUCUCUCGCUGUACUGUGGGAAUGCUUGCUUUAUCUGAAAUUUAUGGGGAUCACUGUAAGUUGAAUGAAGUGAUAGGGGAGGUUUCGGAGAAGGUAGAAGGGAACCUAAGAAAGCACACGAGUAGUGGAAUGGAGGACGGCAGGAUUCAGCAAUGUGAAGGAAAAGUGGACGCGGCCGCUUUAAUGAUUGGUAGAACAGUUCUUGGUGACAAAAUCAAGGACUGGGCACAGGGGAAUAGGGGGGAGACAGGAAGUUCGCCAUGGAGGGUAAGGAAUUUAUGGAGGAAUAAGUGGAAAAAUGUCUGCCCAGGGGGUAAGAAAAGUUUGACCAUAACUCCAGAGGAAAAAAUAAAAAGGUUAAAUGAGAAUAAAGAGAAGAUGACGGAACUCAUGAAACUGAACGACGGCGCCAAGAGUAGUAAUAGUGGAUUCACUCUAUCUGACGUCUUAAUAAACGAAAACGCGAAAUUAGACGAAAACAAGUUAACGGAAAUAUUUAAGGAUGUAAUAGAGAAUGCCAAUAGUGGUAAUACUACUUCUCCUAAUAUAGCUCAGGCAAUAAUGAAGAACUUAGAGAAGGCAACUGAGGAAAGGAAAG